CUGCUCUUUGACCGGGUUGUUGAUUGACAAACCGAGCUCAACACUUGGACAACUUUAGCUGUUUGCUACAAAGGAAGGAUAGCCCGGCGAGAAACAUAUGUGUAUAUGUAGACACAAAUGACACAUACCUGAAAGAAGUAGCAGAGCUGAAGAUGGAGGCAGUCAAGAAGUUGAGGGAAGACUGGAGGUAUCCCACAACUCUGCUGUGCAUAUAUGGAUUCUUCAGCACAGUUAAACCCCUGGAGCCUUUCCUCAUCCCAUACCUGACAGGACCGGACAAGAAUCUGACAACAGAGCAGGUAAACAAUCAAAUUUUCCCAGUGUGGACGUACUCCUACCUGUCUGUGCUGGUGCCGGUGUUCCUGCUGACGGACUGGCUGCGCUACAAGCCUGUGGUGGUUUUCCAGUGCGUCAGCCUCUUCGUCACCACAGCGAUGCUACGCUGGAUGUACAGUGUACCCGCCAUGCAGGCCAUGCAGUUCUUCUACGGGGUGGUGACAGCCAGUGAGGUGGCCUAUUUCUCCUACAUCUACAGUAUGGUGGAUCUGAAGAGAUACCGGAAAGCCACCUCUUACAGCCGCAGUGUGCAGCUCCUGGGGUACACAGUGGGCUCUGUGCUGGGCCAGCUGCUCGUCAGCUUCGACCUCAUGUCCUACGACAACAUUGUGGUAUUUACUCUAGUUCUCACCGCCAUCGCUCUCCUCACUUCCUGCCUCCUACCAAUGCCUCAGCAGAGCAUGUUCUUUCACCGCAAACACACUGGACAGAAAACAGCAACAGAGGGUGCAGAGGGUCAUGUAGAUGGGACUGGGGAUGCAACAGAACACCCAAGUGGAUCAAAGGUUUCCGAGGAAAGACUAAGAGUUGAAAAUGCGGAGGCAAGAGGUGAGAUGGAGGAUGAAGCAGGAACAGGACUUGAUGAGAAAGGCCUUAAAGUUGAGGACCUUGGGGAGUCAGUUGGCACGAACACCUGUGGCAAAGUCCUCUGCCAGCUUUGGAGGGACUUCCGUCAGUGCUAUUCCUCCAGACAGCUGCUCUACUGGUCCAUGUGGUGGGCAAUGGCCACCUGUGGCUACAACCAGACUGUCAACUAUGUGCAGGUGCUGUGGGAGCAUGUGCAGCCUUCGCAAAACUUCAGCAUCUACAACGGAGGAGUGGAGGCGGUGUCCAACCUGUUUGGUGCAGCAACAGCCUACGGUAUAGGCUUCACUGAGGUGAGAUGGGAACAGUGGGGAGAGCUGGCCCUGGGUGGUUUCUCUGGACUCGGGUCAGCAGCGCUCUUCCUCAUGACCUUCACUGGCAACAUCUGGAUCUGCUACAUCAGUUAUGUUGUUUUCAAGGGCCUGUACAUGCUGCUGAUAACAAUAGCCAUGUUCCAGAUUGCAGCAGAUCUGACAAUGGAAAGAUACGCACUGGUUUUUGGGGCAAACAGCUUUGGAGCAUUGGCCCUACAGACGAUCAUCACUUCUGUUGUGGUCGACAGUAGAGGACUGGGCCUGGGCAUCAUCCCACAGUUCACAAUAUAUGCCAGCUACUUCUCAUUCAUCGCCGUUGUCUUUUCACUUCGGGGAUUGUUUACCAUUUGGACAGCCCGGAGAAGAAGCAAAGACUCCAUGGCUCCAGAGAAAACAGAACCUCCAGACUCUGUUGAACACAAAUUCUAAGUUCUAGGAAUGUGAUGCAGAGACACUGUACUAUUGGUCCCCAUUUUUUUGGAAUUAAAAAAAGCUUCAAAUUAGGAGCUGCGACAUUGUUAA